AUGGAUGAAACUCGUGAUAUAACGGCUAAUGAAAUGCUUUGUUUAUGUUUGCGAUAUGUAGAAGAAGAUAGUGGUAAUAUUCGAGACGAAGUUUUUAUGUUCAAGCCAAUCAUGGAUGGAAGUGGAGAAGGUAAAAUACUUUAUUUAAAUAUGUGUACAGUAUUUCGUGAAACAAACAAAGAACUGAUAAUUACAGCACAAACAUAUGAUGGAGCGUCUUCGAUGCGUUAUCAGGCACAAGGACACGUUCGCAGUCGAUUAUCAGCCUGGGCAAUAUAUAUUUAUUGUCGUUCACAUUUAUUAAAUUUAAGUGUUCAAGAUGCAAUUGAAAUUUAUAUAUAUGAUAUUUAUGAUACUGUUCAUUCAACUUUGGUUUUUCUACGAGACAGUUCUAUUCGUCUUCAAGUAUUAUAUGAAAGUCAAAAACUUAUCAACUCUGUUGUUAUAGCACUUUCAACAAUAUCACAACAAAAAACAAGUAGAUCGUCGGAUGCGAGGCGAUUUGAAUUUGAAUUAAUGAAACCCGAAGUAGUUUUUCAAAUACAUCUUAUGCAUGACGUGCUACGUCCUUCAUUACAAUUUUUGCGUCAAAUAGAAAAAAGAGGUUCCUGUCUUCAUGAAUUUGUAACUCAUGUUGAUGCUGCACGUAAUACGAUUAAACAAUCGAUUGAAAUAUUUGACUUUAAUCAAGUGCGAAAAAUAUUGAAUGACGUUCAAAAGUAUUUACCAACAGUGGAACCAACCUUUAGAUCAACACGCUCUCAAAUUCAAACAAUAGCGACAGAUUUCGAUGAAGAACAAUUUCGUGAUACAGGUAAGACCUUUAUUAAUCACUUUCUUCAAUCGCUCGACGAUAGAUUUAAUACUGAAGCGCAAGAAUUAAUAAAAAAUAUUGCUGUGUUAUCAUCACCAUUCAAGUUUUCAGCUGAAGAAUUACUUCAAAAUUCGUUAAUAAUUCAAACUGAUCCACCUUUACUAAAUUAUCAACAAUUGAAAAAUGAUGUAUUUGCAUUUCUUACUAUUGUUGGCAAUAUAACAUCCAUUACAUCAAUUACACAACGUCUUGCACAACAUGGAAGUGAACAAUGUCCAGAAUGGUACAAGCUAUUUCAAAUUUUAGCAACAUUUGGUAUUGGAUUGAACGAAGCCGAACGUACAUUUAGCACUUUAAAACGAAUAAAGUCAUGGUUACGAAAUGGUUUAAGCAAUUCAACGUUAGAGAUUUUAAUCAAAGUAUCAUCACUUAAAGUUAAUUUAACAGAUGAUGCUAUAAAAUUCAUCAUCGACGAUUUUAUUAGUAAUCCUCAAACAGCUAAACGUCGAAAUAUAAGCGUUUUUACUGAAUACAAUAACGAGAUGGAAUUCGAUGAAGAGACUGUUUAA